AUGGCAGACUAUUCAGUCUUUUCCGAGGCAUCUCGAAUUCUCAACGAUGUCUUGCUUGCCGACCCCGCCCUACGACUCCCAGACUCUUUCAAGAAAGCAGCUACAAAAGUCAAGUUCCUUGGAGAUGAUGCAAAACCAUUCGUCCUCACGCCCUUCAAAAUCACCGAGUCAUCCGCUUCUCUAACCGCCCUGUUAGCCACCGCAGCCAACGUUGCUGCGGCAGAGAGGUACGGCAUAGAGUAUCAAGACGUCCAAGUCAACACCGACGCCGCGACGCUUUUCCUGGAAUCCGUUCUGCUGCCAACAGUCGGCGGCAAGCAGUUUCUUCAGAACCCGCAGAUGGCGGCAGAGAUUGCCAAGAUGGACAUACACCAGUCCUCAAAGCCCAUCAGGCGGUACGCAACAAAUGUCUACAAAACCAAGGACGGCAGAUGGUACCACUUGCACGGGUCGAUGAACGCUGGGCCAACAAUGGAGAUGUUGGGUGUUGAAGAUGUCGACGUGACCCCAGAAGAAGCCAUCAAGAUCUACACCGAGAAAGUCGCCCAUUGGCAUUCCAAAGAAAUCGAAGAAGUCGCCAACGAGAAGUACAAACAAGCAGGUGUCGUAUGCUACACACCAGAUGAGUUCUUCACCAGCGAGCAAGGCAAAACCAUGUCCAAGGAACCACUAUGGAACAUGACCCGAGUGCCCGCUCCGAGGAAAGAGUGGCCGAAAGCGCGAGAUGAUCAGGGGUUCAAGCCGCUCGCGGGCAUCAGGAUCAUUGACUUUUCCCGGGUCAUUGCGGCCCCGGCGGUGUCCAAGAUGCUGAGCGUCCUCGGAGCCGAUGUUCUCCGCGUGUCAUGCGAUAAGCUGCCCGACUUUGGGGCGACAAUGCCAGACUUGCAAACGGGAAAACGGGAUACCAACAUUGAUCUCAAGACGGACGAUGGCAAGAGGACUUUUGCUGAACUCGUAAAGGGUGCCGAUAUCCUAGUAGAUGGAUAUCGUCCAGGUGCUCUAAAGAGACUGGGAUUCGAUACGACCUCCUUGCGAGAGUUGAAUCCCAGCCUGAUCUACAUGCGGGAGAACUGUUACGGAUUCAAGGGACCACUAGCUCAUCGAUCUGGAUGGCAGCAGAUUAGUGACUGCUUGGUUGGGCUUUCUCAUCUGCAAGGCAAAUUUCUCGGCCUAGAUGAGGCUGUUGUCCCGCUUUUGCCCAACUCUGAUUACCAGACAGGCUUGGUUGGUGCCACGGCUGCCAUCCAGGCUUUGAUUGCUCGUACAUCAGAGGAUGUCACGUUUGAUAUUGACAUCAGCUUGACGCAGUACAAUAUUUGGUACUAUAACCUGGGCCUUUACUCCGAAGAGCAGCAACGAGAGCUCAGAGCCCGGGAUCCCGACUUCAGCCCGCGGCAUUACGACGAUAUGGGCACUCUAGUUGGUAAGACGCACCAGUCUUGGAAGAAGAUUCGCCCCGACAUCUUCACCCAUCCCGAAUACUUCUGGGACAUGAGCGGACGGAACUACGGGCUCGACGAGGACAUCAGAGUUCUGGCUCCCGCGUUCAAGUUUCAAACGACUCAAAUUGGGUGGGAGGAGCCGACAGGUCGAAGAGGAAGGUCGAAGCCCGAGUGGAUCUCAUGA